AUGUUCACCCUAAGGGUGUCGCAAGCUUACGGCACAACGCUACUGCAACCGUGCCUGAUUCCAGGACGCUUGACCGACUGGAUCCACAUGCUCCUGGGAAAGGUGCUUUACACAUAUACAUCUCACAAUAUUCCUGCUUGCUCAUUAACUAACAUUCUGCCUCCUGCCAUACGUGGUUCGCUGAGCUUCGUCCAUUUGAAGUCGACUGGCUUCUCUCAAGAGGGCUUAACAGAACUUCCUUUAUCUUUGGACGCCGUAGCCAAACAGUUCGACCUAGACAUUCAUUAUCAUAAACCAGCUAUAGCCUUACAAAGCACUAGUGGCAACACUGGUCAUGGCUUGAACGAUCAGGGGGCUGGAGAAGUGUCAGGAGACGGAGAAUUUGCUGAGGAACGCGAGUUGGAUGCAACUGACGAAGACAAUGAUGUAACAAUGGCUCUGGACUAA